CCCCGCGCCCGGCCGGAAGCGGCGCGAUGGCGGCCCGAGUCCGGCCCGGUGCGGCCGCGGCCCCGGUUCCCCGCGGCCCCGCGGGCUGAGGCCGCGCCCGCCCGGAGCCCCCGCUCGGAGCGCCCUCCCGGCCCGGCCGCCGCCAUGGCGCUGAUCGAGGGCGUCGGCGACGAGGUGACGGUGCUGUUCGCGCUGCUGCUGGCGGCCGCGGUGCUGGGGCUCGCCUGGGCCUCCACGCGCGCCCCCGAGCCCGCGGCGCCACCGCCCGAGGCGGGUCCGAGCGCGGCCCCCACCGAGCGCAAGGCCCCGGCCCCGGCUCCGGCCGCGGCCCCGGCCGAGGGAGCGGCGGCCCCCGAUGAGGCGGCGGGGCUGCGGCACCGGGAGCCCCCCGCGGCCGCCCCCGAGGGCCCCGCCGAGCCCACGCUGGUGCUGCGGCUCAAGUUCCUGAACGACACCGAGCGCCUGGCGCGGGUGCGCCCCGGGGACACCGUCGGGGCGCUCAAGAGCGGCAACACCCCUGUCCUCGUCCCCUCCAGGACCUACUUCCCCGGGCAGGAGCAGCAGGUACGGCUGAUCUACCAGGGGCAGCUGCUGCGCGACGACGCCCAGAGCCUGGCGGGGCUGCACCUGGGCCACCUGAGCGUCCUGCACUGCCACCUGUCCCCGCCCAGUGCCGCCCCCGCCGCGCCCGGGCCCCCCGGACCCCGCGGCCCCGCGCCCGCCGCGCUGGGCGUGGGCAGCCUGGCGCUGCCCCUCUUCGUGCUGCUGCUGGCCCUGCUCUGGUACCUGCAGCUGCAGCACCGCCACGUCUUCACCGCCACCGCCACCACCUGCCUGGCCGGGCUCACCCUGCUCGUCACCUUCGUGGCCUUCGCCAUGUACCGCAGAUAGCGCGGCCCAGACCCGCUCCCGGGCCCCAGGCCACGCUCGGACACCUGGCGAGCCCCCAGCCCUCCUGGGGCUCUGCGUUCAGCUCACCCAAUACAUCGGAACCAGAGGGGCCGGGCUCCGGACUGUGUCCCCCAGGGGCUGUAGGCCCAGGGGUCCCGGGAGGUCCCCUCACCUCGUGCUGGGGCUCCGGGGCCGGGGCUGUUGCAGGAGUGGAGGCUCAGCUACCUCUAGGGGGGUCCCGGUGCCCCCCGGCCCUGCACGGAGUGUCCCACGGCCGCUCCACGGGUGGCUGUGCCCCCGGCGCUCCUUCCCGCGGGGGUAUGGCCCAACCCCUCCCGGGGGCAGCUCCCGGGGGUCCCGGUGCGGGGGGGGACAUGCUUCCUGCGGUGCCGGGAGUCCUGGUGCCGGCAGGAUAUGCUCCAGAGAUCCCGAGGGUGCCAGGCGGAAUGUGCUCCCGGGGUGCCGGGGGUCCCUGUGCCGGGGGAGCGCGCCCCCCGGGGGUCUCGGUGCCGGGCGGGAUGUGCUCCCCACUGUCCCGAGGGUCCCAGUGCUGUGCUGGGGGAUGCCGCCCCUCACCGCCGUAACAAUUAAAGCGGAAGGACUGUGACCGGC